CAGUGUGCGGGCGACUCGGUCCUCCAUAUUCGCGUUUUGAUAUAAUAUCAAAAAUUGUGUGAAAUUUUUUUUCUGCACCAUUUUCGGUAACGUAAGAAGUAAACGUGCGCUAAAUCCGACUGGAUUGAAACGGUAAUAAUUUCCGGUCGAAUUUAGGCGGUGAAAGAAUUGUGGGAUAUAUAUGUGUCAUAAAUGGAAAAACUUUGACGAACAGAAUGAGAGUGAAAUAAAACAUUCGCCCUAGAAAGCAAUGAUAUGACCCCGUUAGUUGAACGUUAGUGGAAGAUUCAUGUCGGGAAAGCUGCGCUCGUCGAUUGGAAGAAUUGAUUGCUGGAUUGUCGAUUUGAAUCGAAAUCGAAUAUUCGCAAGGAUUGCAUGCAUCCAUUUUGCCUUUGGUGUACUUUGAGGUGUGAAAAGAAAAAUCAGGCAGUGCGUGAUUGGAAACUGCCCAUGUGCCCUCGUGUGUGUUCGUGUCACUAACCACCACUGUUGGUGUGGAUCAAACCUAGGAAGAAAAGAGCUGUGUAUGUGUGCUCGUGUUUGCUUGGAAAAAUUUAUGUUCAGCAAUUUUCAACCUACCGCCGCCCGUUGUCCUCUUUUAUCGCCAUCGCAAUUCCGGAAGUUUUGUCCGCUUUGGGAUUACUAGUCCGCUGAGUGCUAGGCGGAUGUGAGACACUAACUCGAUUAUUGCCAGGAUAUAUUCAAGUGCGAGAUCCAGGGAAAGAGAAGAAAGUAUAGUGGGUAUUUCAAUUAGAGGAAAAUUGCUCGAAGGAGUGAUGUUGUGACAAAGUGAAAUAUUGGGGUGGUGAGAAGGCGUAAGUGUGACAAACACAGAUAUAAAAAUCCAGAUAUACGUGUGGAAAAAGUGGCUGAUUUAGGUUGUUACAUAAAAUCAACCUGAGGGAAAGCGAUCUGCUAGGGAGAACUCAAGUGGUAGCGUAAUAUAAUUUCCAUCGGUCGUGGUUCGAUAAAAUAUUCAUCGAAAAUUCCCUCAUCUAUUGCAUUCGUGUCGACAGACGAGCUGAGAUUGGCAAAAAUGGGUACCGUGUUGAGUUUCAGCCCCCGGGAGCGUCGACCCAUUUAUUCCACGCAUCAUCACAGCGCUGGAACGUUGUCGUCGUCGAAUUCGGCGGAUUUCCCGUUGAACAACUACUCUUACGAGCAGUUGAACAACGUAAAAAAUCGUGAAAAUACUAAACCGCCGAAUCUGAUCCAAUCGGUGCCUAAUAAUAAUGCCAUCAACAAUAAUAACCUAAACAUUAGUGGUAAGGACGAUGGUAAGAACAAUAACACAAACAAUGCCGGAACGCUAAUGAUGCUCCAUCAGCAAACCCACCAGAGCAGUAUCACCGGAAACAGCAACAUCAAUAGCAUCAACAACAACAUCAACAGUAACAACAACAGCAACAGUAUACAAGAGCGCAACAAUAACAACAACAACAACAACAACAACUGCAGCAGUAACACAGACAGCUCACGGAUUCUCUCGGAGAAGAAUGCUCUCGAAAAAAAUCUCAAGAAGCACUCGCUGUUCAUCAAUGCACUUUCGUGGAAGCGACUGGCAGCCUCCCACGGCAAAAAGAAGCUCGACAACCAGAAGAACAAGUCGGCCAACCUGGCGACGGGUGCAUUCCGUACGCCGCUUACGGACACUAUCCAUCCGAUGGUGGACAAGAACAAGAACCUUCAGCAGUCCCAGUCGUUUACACAGCCCAUCAGCGGACCGCAACAUCAGCUGCAACCGAUUCAGGUGUCCCAGCAGCAGCAGCAGCACCAGCAUCAAACAGUCUAUUUUACACCUGGCGGACCAAAGGCACUGUUGGCUUUGGAUCUAGUUCGAGCCAACAAUACCAAUCCACUGUCGCAGCCGGAUAAACUGGCACCAAAGCUACCGUUGCAGUUGCCACUGCCGCUCCAACCGAUCCUCGGUCAACAACAGGUUCAUCAACAGCUUCCGCAACAGUUGCACCAUGGACACGGGCCGAGGAAAACCGUUAUUCAGGCCUCAACCUCCGAGCUGCUGAAGUGUUUGGGUAUGUUCCUUCACGACCGGUGCCGAAACCUACGGGAUUUCCAGGCAGGUGACGCCGUAAUGUGGCUGCGGGCAGUCGAUCGGAGUCUACUGCUUCAGGGAUGGCAGGAUGUUGCCUUCAUCAACCCAGCGAACGUGGUUUUCGUGUACAUGCUGGUCCGGGAGCUGGUGGACGGUGAAGAGACCAAGGAAGCGGAGCUGCAGGCAGCGGUGCUGACCUGUCUCUAUCUGUCCUACUCGUACAUGGGCAACGAGAUUAGCUACCCCCUGAAACCGUUCCUCGUGGAGGACUCGAAGGACAAAUUCUGGGAUAGAUGCCUCCUCAUCGUCAACCGGCUGUCGUCCAACAUGUUGCGAAUCAACGCCGAACCGGGCUUUUUCACCGAGAUCUUCACCGAGCUGAAGGCCUGCGGUAUGAAUUCGGGCAGCUCGAACUCCAAUGGAAAUCUACCGUGCGGUGCAGCUUGACGCAGCUCCAGCAACAGUCGACAUCCCCGCGAAGUUGUUGUCCGGCUGUCGAUUGCCGGUCAGCAGCAAAAGUACCAGCACCAAACUACCCUCCAGGAGCUGACCAGUGUGGUCUGAAUGGCACUACCACUACCACUACCACUCACUGCUAGGAUUGUACCGAGAUGAUGACGGUCAUACACACACACAGUCAACGAGCGUCGAGCCUACGCAACAGCCUACUACUACUGCUACUACUAAAACUAACGUACAACCCCCAUCAUUCACAAUCAUCAUCACCCAGGACUGUAACUAGUAGGCCUGCAUCGUCAUCGUCGGCAUUGUCGUCGUUCGUAUACUCACCAGUCACCAUACUAGUUGUAGAUGUAAACAGUAAAUAGCGUGAAUCUCUGCAGAGACUUUGCAGCACUUAGGCCCUGAUGUUAGAAUUUUUGGUUUUUGUCGAAAAAGCUGAUCUGCCCCCCUUCACCCUACACCGGAACGCUAGUUUGUGCGGGUACGGCAGUCAGAACAGAAAACGUUAAGAUGGUACUCAUAUUUAUUGGAUAUUUUAAUUCGCGUAGGCGAGAAGUCGAAUACGAGACGAUUAAGUAUCUGAAGCUAUGUAUAUUUAUGUAGACUCGUUCAUGAAACUCAAAGCAGUACGAAUCCAGUGAGUCAGAGUGAGGUAAGCUGUAGUGAUAGGACAGAUUUAUUAUUUUACGAUUUAAUUUCCACUCUAAAAGAAGAAGAAAAAACAACAAAAUGUGAUUCGAUGAGAAGUAUGUUAAAAGUAGACAAAAUUUAUAAUACAAAGAUGGAAAAAUGAAGAGAAUAAUGAAACAGGAAUCUAAAUUUAAGAAAUUAGAAUGGGAGGUCAAAAAUUGCAAUUUUUUUCGAUGAAAUAAGUUAAAAAUAGUUCGGUUAUUUGAACAUUGGUAAAAAUGAAAAAUUUCAGCAGCAACAUCAACUCCUCCAUCUAACAGCCACUUUCUAAGGCCACUAGCACUGUGGGAUUAUCAACACAAUAUACAUUGCUUCGACAAUAACUCAUACAACAAUUGAGGUCAAUCGGAUAUGAUUUAGAUGAGCCGUUAAGCGGUCCAAAGCGGCUUGAGCUCGAAGUUUCAUGCAUUUUGAAUUUAAAAAAAAAAUCGAUUUACCAAAUUUUAUCCACUCUCCUAGGAAAUUUUUUGAGAUUUUUAAUCGCCCAACCCCCAAUUCAUGUACGAAAUAGCUCAAAAUGAUCAUUGGAUCUUUUUCAAAGCAGUCAAUUUUUUCUAUAUGCACACUAAAUGAAUGAUUGUUAUCUCUUCUGUAUUCACGAUUAAUACGUUUUUUGACACGGCUCAACACGUUAGCACAACCGAGCCGUGGAUCUUUUAUGCUUAUACAAUAAGUAAAAAUACUAAAAAUGCUUGUCUUCCGCAUCUUGUUCAAGCAGUUUGCUGUUGCAUGUUGAGAUCCUCUUCCUUGUCUUGAAGCAUUAGUUGCAGUAUCCGCCGCCGCUUGGAGGUCAUUCGGACUGGCUACUCUCGCAUUAUUAUUCACGCCCAUGUCCUCAUGGGUACAGCUUUCUUACUGUUCACGGUCUGAUGUACUUAUUUGUUUUUUAUUCUUACGAAUCGCUGUUUUAAAUCCGUCUUCAUCGGCCUUUGCUUAUUUAUUUGGGAUGUUGGUUUGGAAGCGCUCGUCGUAGUCCCUUCGCUAUUGGUAGAUUUGGUAAGAAACUUUAGUAUGUCUCUGAGUUUUGGUCUCGUCUAUGUAACGAGUGUCGUCUAUGUAACGAAUGUCGUAAACUCGAAAACGCAAUUUCGUUACUGCUGGGCAGUUGCAUAUCAGAUCAUAUGAGGUACCGUAGCCGGGUUCACAAAAAUCACAUGAAAAAGACUCAGCGCUCUGAAUAGUUGCUAUGUGAUAAAUGAGUUAGCAGUGGUCGGUUAAAGCAGUGGUCAGCAUGCCGCAGUGGAGUUUCGAAAAAUGUGGGAGAGUUUUCGAAAUCACACGGCACGGUUGUUCUAGAAACGCCUUUGUUAGAUUUCAAUGAUUGCCGUGCUCAGACCGCCAAGAACCGGAUUUUUUCUCUUAUCCAUUUUGUCGAAUUUGGCUAUGCGGUUUCAGGAAGUCAAACGCUGAACCUGCUCUAGCCAAUUCUAGCCAGUGUGUUGACAAUACUUAGUUCUUCGAUUUGGGUUCGGCAUGCCGUCUCUAGCUUGGACUGUGAUUUGUCUGAGCUAAAGCGCUUGAUUGCAGCCUGACUAGCUGAGCACAAUAUUAUAACUUUGCUGGACAAGCUCUGUUGGAGGGCCAAUUGCACACCGAUGUACAGUACAGUAUCUACCUGGCAAGUGAGACAGUUCCAAUCUCAUUUCACGACAGCAGACACCAGCACCAGCACGUCCCUCUAUUAGAUAGCCGUCAGUGUAACAGAUCACUUGCGUUUGUUGUUGUCAACCGUCAGAGAGCCAGACAACCGAGAGAGAAAUUCACAUGGGGUGGUCUGUAAGGAACACUACAUGUGAGUGUAAUGUCGGUGGGCGCAACAAUAUCUUCACUUCAUGCAUCCGUUUGUGACCACAGUCGUGUAUGACUAGUAGAAAGAUCAAUAUGGUUACUGUUACAAAGACCUGUAACCAGCUGUCUGUCUGCACAUGAUGUCUGCUUCUUGUUUUAGGUGUAUAUGUAAUAGUUUAAUAUUAGGAAGGGCGCCCAGAGCAGCAGUCAGAGUUGUGGCUAAAGCCCCAGUCAACGCCAUUUGCGCUAUUCUUUGCAGAUGGUGAUGCUUUGACAGGAUCGUCAUCACCUCUCUCCUCUGCAUCCAUACAAUGCAUCCAUAUGACAGUAUAUGAAGUACAAUUGAGCGAUCGAAAUUAAAAGUCGCAAGGAUAUAACAUGCUUCGCAAAACCCGUUUCAAACAUAUUAGAAUAUAAAAAUCGGAAAUAAACUUCAAGCAUAAAAAUCGGACAGAAAUUCUUCAGCAUAAGAAUCGCUUAAAAAGUUCUCACCCGUAAAACUCGGCAAGGGUGAACCUCCAGUAUAAACAUCGUUUAAAAAUAAUUAAAUCGCUCGGAGGAGCAUCCGUAUAUCUUGAUGUUCAUGAUUAAAAGUCGGCUAACAAAAACUUACUUUGUAAGAAUCGGAUGUCUUUCUUUCCGAUUUUUUUACUGAGUUUUUUUACCCGACUCUUACAAAGGGAUCACUCAAAAUCACUCAAAAAAUGCUACGUCAUUUAUGGAUGAUCCCAAAGGAAUGCCGCAGUCCGAUAUUUAUGCUUGAAGUUUAUAUCCGGUUUUUAUAUUCUAAUAUAUUUGAAACAGGUUUUACAAAGCAUGUUCUAUCCUUGCGACUUUUAUUUUCGGUCGCUCAAUUGUCGUGUAAAUCCAAUUGAAGUAUUUGGGUUUGAGACCCCAGAUCUUUCCAAAGGUUCGUCUGCACUGCCCGAAGGCCAUGCACGCUUUCAGUUUGGAACCCAACACCAUUCCAAAGUACUUGACUUGAUCCGCACGCUGUAGCUCGAAAUCAAAGAACUACAAAACAACGUGGCACGGCGCAUAUCUGUGUUGGCGGUUUAUUUCCCAGUAUACGGCCAGUGAGCGAUAUCUGACAAUUUUUCCACUGUAAGUAUCUACAGUCAUGAUUCGCUGAUUGGGUCACAGUCUCUGUCCAACCAAAGAAUUUGAUUCGCUAGUUGGAUCGACUGACAAAUGUCAAAAACUCUCCAAAGAAGUCAUUAGUAGUGUAAAAGAUUGUUAGAUAGAUUGUCAAAGUAAAUUUGACAUGAGAUUUUGAUGUUCAGAUGAUUUUUAGUUCAACUUCAACAAUGGUCCAACUAGCGGACGUCCAACUAACAAGCGGCCAAGUUAAAAAGUGUCCAACCAGCGAAUAUCUCUUGCAAUUUCUCGGUGGAAUUAUCCUGUCCUGGAUGGCUAUCGUGUCGGACUCGAUCACUACAGAGAAUUUAUCUCGCUUGUGCCAAAGUUUGCCAUAGCCUUGUUAACCUACGGCUGCUCCAACUGGUGGGGGUGAGCAUCGUGCACAGCUUUCUGCUUCCACUCUGCAAUCUUGUAUUGUAUUGUAUUGUUCAUGAGGGAUUUAACCUCAAUGAGUCAUUCCUUUUGCUCUGCAAUAUUCUCCCCCACAGUCUGUUGAAUGGCAGUUAAGGUAGUUCCCUUGCGCUAAGUGAAGUGCGCUAUAAUUGCGGUCCGCAGCACAAACUUGUUUUAUAUACUCCAUGUCGGUUGGUAUUUUCCACCGUGUAUUCUCGCAAUCGUAGUACGUACACUACGCCUAGUGCAUAUAUGUUGACUAUUAUUUGCUUCGUGGCAACGUGAAUCUCUCCAGCGCUGACUGAGGAUGGCGCAUUCAUGCGUGUCUAAUUGUCUUUCUCAAUUUGCUCCUAAGAUCUUCCAGGUCAGCUCGGCUCCAUGUGAUGACGCCGAAACUCCAGGUCAACACGGGGAAAGCCAACGUGUUGAUUGUUUUGACCUUAUUUCCCGCGUCCAGGAAAGACUUCAAGAUGCAGUUCACUCGGCUCAAGAACUUAUCUCGGAGCUUAAGCUUGAUAUCGGUGUGGCGGAUCUAGGAAAGCUACCGGAAUCCGAGAUAUUUACGAUUCGCCACGAACCGUGCCCCGAAUCAUCUCGCCUUCGUCGACCUCGCAGUCUCCAGUAUCGCCACUAAUCCUUUCCACUACACCCAGUCGUUUCGUGGAGUCAGCAUAGAUCUUGAGAUAAUCCAUGUAUAAGCUAUGGAUUACCUCUUCCGGUGGUUCAUGCAAUGGUAUGGAGACUGAAUUUUUUUCAGUUUCCCUCAGCGUUUUCGAACCGGGCUUGUCUACAAUAUGCCAUCUGUUAACAGAACUGGUGCGUAUUAAUUUGAUGUACAACUAGUUUUCUGUGUAAAUGCACUACAGCAUUUUCACCUCCAGCAAAUGUUCCACAUAACGAUUGCUCGGUCUUAUUCGAGAGAACUGGAAGUGACCGUGUUCGGACGAAGGACGAUGUUUUAUUGCUGAGACUCAAUCAUCUCGAUGGAUUACUACAGCAAGAAUAAAAGUAACGGUUUCCUUUGUUCUUUAGAUAAAACAUACAAGAUAAAAGUAACUGUUUUGUCGUUCGCUUUGCGCAAGUCGGGUUGACCUUCAAACGUGUAUUGGAACUUUUUCGUAAGUUCCAUCAAGAAAUGGCGCGCACUUUUAGAAAACAUUAAAGUAAGCGUAGCAUGCGGCCUUCUUUGAGUGUUUAUAUGUUGACGAGCAUGUUACGUACUUCAUAUGAUGCAAGAGGAAAUGCUGCCUAGUUUAGUUUCCAAAAUUCAUAUACAAUAAAUAGUUUUUGAAAUGAUUCAAGUGCAUAGAUUUCAUAUUACUCUGUACUAUUAUAGCUGAAUCGUUAAAUAUUGCGUGGCAGACCAUUUUCUUUACUUGUUAUUGUAUUGAAGUGAUUCAUGAAUGCGAGGUUACAGUAUAUAAUUACCUCUUAGGUCACAUACAAUAUUAUGUUUACAAAUUUUUCUAAGUAUAUAUCUAUGGCGAUGAUAGUAGUUUCUCUGCUAAUUAUUUAUUGGGUUACAGUUCGUUAUGUUGAAAUAGAAUUUGGUACACACUCAAUUGAGUUUGGCCAUUUCCUAAAAGCCGUGUGGUCAGCAGAUUUAGAAACUGAUAUUCUGGUUGCAGAUGAAAACUGAAAAAUCUAACCAGCAACAUUUUUUUUCUCUUGCUUAGUGCUAAUCCAUGUUGUCGGAAGUAGUGCGCUGGAUAGCGCAUCAUUGUACGAAUACAGCGCACUACUCCGAUGUGAUUCCAUUGUUUAGAACUAGAGAAAAUACGAUUGUCACUGGUUGGAUUUUCCAGUUUUCAACUGCAACCAGAAUAUCUUAGCAAAGUGAGAUUUGUUUACUAAUUUUUGGCGAAAUAUUUUGCGAGUCUCAGUUAUCAAACGUCACUUUCACUGAUAUCUCAGCAAAAAAAAAAUUGUUGCUGAAAUCCUAGCUGUUGAGAUUUCGGCAAAAGGUGCAAAAAAGCUGAGAUCCGGCAGAAAAAAUUAAGUGUGUAUGCCAUGUGUGAAAUAUAACGAUUUCGUUUUGGAACACUGCGACUGUUUGGUAUUUGGGCUAAGACUACCGCCGAGGGUCUGCCCCAAAGGGAAGAAGAGCGUGUCCGGAUAACAAUAAGAAGAAUGGCAGAUUUGACAUGACAAACGCAAAACAGAUUCAAGAUAAUCUGCAUAAGGUGUAUGCAUGUGUGUACAAUAAUGUUGUUGGUGGCAAACGCCUUGAGAACCUCAAAAUACCGAAAGCACUAGUUUCUAUAUUCAAAACAUUGUUUUAAUUAAUUUCGUUUUUAAUAACCUCUUUUUUGAUAAGUGAAGCAGUAUUUGCGCAAUGUAGACGUUGCUAAUUGUAAAAUCGAAACUCUCGCUUUACGUAUGCCUAUACCUGGUAUCAUCUUGGAUUUUCACGUCAUUUGCAGUUUGACAAGAUCAAAAUUUGAUAAGACCAAAAUUUGACAAGAAAAUAUUUUGAUGUUUGAAACGGUCUAUCCCUGAGGGCUGGAUGUUGUUGGCUCGAAUCAAAAUUUGUCGAAAGUAAACAAAGUUCAUUUCAUAUCGUCAACCUGGCGCCCAGGUGGUGAAAUCAACGGAGUGCUGGAGCGAUGCCAAAAAAAUAUUUAUUUCCAGAUUAAAUUUGACUAAACUUCCCAGUUUAACUCAGCCGGAAUGCUGGCUGGUUCUAAUUCGUAUUCCGGCUCCUGUGACACAACCGAUUCAAGUUAGAAUGUUCAAGGGGUACCAUUUCGAUGCGGCUUAGCCGCAUAACCGAGGCCUAGGAACCGAAGCGCCGUCGGAAGCAAGCGAACCUGUGACCCACUCGUUUGCCCGGCUUACUCAAACAUAGGGGCUAUCCCUAGUUUAAGUCCGACUGAGCGGUAGCGAAGUCGGACAGCACGCGCAAAAGCGAUGUGGCGUAGCCACAUUGGGUGCUGGACACAAAAUAAAAUUGGCAACGCUAGUAAAAUGUAAACACAAAUGAACACUCCGGAUGAACCUAUCGUCAAUUGACAUUUCGACGAGUUUUGAUUCGAGCCAAUAACAUGGGCCCAUCCCUGGGAAUGUUCAUAAAAAGGUCAAUCCCUCGAAGACUACAGCCCAGUAAGCGAAUACUACUUGCUAACUGGGCUGAUCUGUCAAACGGCAAAAAUCGCCAGGGGGUGAUUUCGAUGGUUCAGAAUGAUCAGAUGUUUAUGUUAUGGUUACGAAGUCGAUUCAUUAUUAGAUCACCGAAUAAAAUCGACAGAUGCUUUUCGAUCUUUGCUCAACGACUAGUGAAGAGCUGGAUAAAUUGACGAAUCAGAUUCCUAACAAGCAAGGACCAAUAUUUUACUUGACGUGGGUGUAAGUUUUCAAGAAAGAAACAGGAAGUAUUUUUGUGCCCUUUCUUCUCAAAUGCAUGUUGGCAGUUAACUUAUUGGUUCUUUUAUAAAUCCACGGAAAAUUUCAGCAUUUUUCUAUUUAAUACUCAAAUAUUGAAAAAGCGAAAAAUAAGUGAAAAAGUUUCAUUUUAAAUAUAUGAAUUGGCAAAUAUUUUCCGUUAUCUAAUCCUAUAUUCAACUGAUUACGCUUCUCAAUAAGUUUAUUACAAACAAGAAAUUGUUAUUAAUAUUAUUGUUAUUCAUAUGUCAAUAUUGUUUUCCAUUCGCUUGCCCCUCAUUAGUUGUAUCAUCAAAAUGUCAAAUUACGUUUGACGUCUAUAAUUUGAUGAGUUAUUUUUAAUUGGGCUGCAGUCUAUCUCGAUUGUGCAAAGUUAGUAAUAGUUCUCACAACAUUUUUUAGCAUGUAGAGGGCACAUCCAAUUGGUAUUUUUUAUGAAAAACAAAGUCAUAUACAUUUCAUUAAAAAAUGAAAUUUCUUCCAAAAGAAACAAAACUCCAUACGAAAUACCAAAAACAUCCUAACGACUCCAGCAUAAUCCUAAUCUAGAGAUUACCUAGGCUCACCCCUGAGGUGCCUACAGAAUGAAGUUGAAUGAACUGUGAAAACAUAACCUUGGAUCACCAGAAGAAGAAAAACACGGCCUAUGAAUAAUCUUUAUGUGAGCUGCAAAGAUACCUACGGGCGGUUGAUGAUGCUGCUGAUAAGAGAGAAAAAACUCCUGCUCGGACAACAAUUUGCUAGCCUGGCAGGCGCGACUCUGAAGCUAGGAAAAUCCUAGAGAAAGAAGAAAGUGGGUGGUUUCAAUGUCACCUGCUCUGAUGAAAACCGGGAGGGGUAAAUAUAAGAUAACAGGUUGCACAGAAUAAGAAGAAUGAAAGGUAUACAGAUUUCGCUCAGAUUCCGGUGGGUAGUUCAACAUUGUACAUGUAGAUGUAAAGAAGGGAUAAGAUAAUGAUUGUUGGGAAAUUUGCCAACAGUGGGAAUGAACAUUUGUCUAGUCAGUAAAUGAAUGUUAACCAAUGGAUAGGUUGGACAAAUAUUAAGGGCAACGCACGAAUGUAUGAGAAAAGUACAGUGAACAAAUCAAUAGUCGAAAACUAGGGUGGCACACGAAAGAAAUUCAGUGCAAUGGUCGACAGUCAGAUGAUUUUUGUUUAUUUGUUUUUGUUUUUAGCAACUACCGCCGAUUUUCCAGACGAUGAUCUCAGCGGUAUACUUAAGUUGCAUUCCAUUAGAAAAUUUGGUCACAUAUCAGGAAUGUACGAAACGAUAUACGUAAAAGGAACUAAAUUCCUGAGAUAUUGUUCUCUACUAUAUUCAAGCUCUGUUACGAUCAUGUAUAAUUUUUGUUGUUUAAAUUUAUUAGUCAGCUUUGAUGCUUUAGGAAACAAAUUCAAUAUCAGAUGCUUUUACAUAGGUAAUGGAACUAGGCCGUAACAUUCAAACCAUACAGACCUUUCCCGUCGGAAGGUUAUCGAUGAUUUCACGAGUAAGACCGUAGUUUCUCAGUUUUGUCCUAUAUUGUUUUUUUUUUUAAAUUUUGAAGUUGGAUUACACGAAUAUUUAAUAUAAAUAAUUGUGAUUCGCGAAUUCGCAGUGACAAAGGCCAAUACCAGAAAAUAGACGAGCGACGAAUUGAAUUUUUUUUUAAUUUUAAUUAUAGAGUUUUAACCUUAGGGUCAUUUGCCUCUUUUCGGGUUAGAGAAAUCUCGUUUGGAAAAAUCUCUAACCCUAUGUGCGGGGUUGGGAAUCGAACCCAGGUGAGCUGCGUACAAGACAAUCGAUUUACCAACUACGUUAUGCCCGUCCCAAGAAAUUGAAAUAGAUUUUCAGGCGCCCGUUCGUCCUGACUUGAGAAGUUCUGGUUCUUUCACGUCUUUAAUCCGGAUCUUUUCUUGGUCCUCUGGACGAAACAUGAAGUUUUUUGAUGAAUUUCGCUUUAAAUGAGCAGUGCUUUCUCGUUUUUUUGCGCAUUGUUUCCGGUGUUCGUUUAGCUCCGGGCUUGUGGUCUACUGUCAUCCGUUCCUGGAACUUACGGGGGACCUUUCAGAUAGUCGAAUGAUGUUACAUAAGUUUCCUCAAGUCGCUCAACUUUUUGCAUAAUAGGCUAGUGAAAGCCUUGGUCUUUCGAAAUAUACUGCUGGACUUCUCCAAAGUUUUAUGGUGGAGCAGAAAUAAUGUAGAUGUAUUGCUCGUAGCAGAAUCGAUGCGAGUUGGAGAACAGGCAUUAAAAAUCAAAAAAUCACGAGCUUACUAGUCAAUAGCGUUUCUGCGAACCAGCCAAGCACGUUCGUUGACUGAGAUUCCCAAGCACUGUAAUGCGCAUUGAAGUGUCCAAGGAACAUUAUUGAGCCUUCUAGUUCAUCAAGCGGGUCGUCCAAUACUCCCUGGCAUUGUUAAGUGGAAGGUAGGAUGCAGAUAGCCAUAACUCUUGCCUGUUAUUGGAGGGAGAUACGUGCGGUGACGACCUGUAAACUGGUGUUCAGUUACACGCACUCAAAGAAUAUGUCUUCUUGGAUCGCAAAACGUACCCCAUGAUACCAAUAGUGUUGGGAGUUCAAUUUCAGUAGCAGCGUAUAGUUCUUUCCGACAAAACUCGUUUCUACCACGCUUUGGUUGACUUUCCUUUCUCGCAGCACUGUUACGCAAGGAGAUAAGCAGCUUCAGCUCGCUAAUGUCCGUUCUGAGAUGGCGCAGGUUCCAUUACACCGCGAAAUGUCCAUUAGAACGACUGUGUUGAGAAUCAAGAGGUCGAUACUCUGCGCGUUGGUCAUUGUGUAAUAUUGGCGUGUGAUGUUCCUUCACCAGCCAGAAGGAGAAUUGCGAGUACUGUAUAUCCGGGAGGUAGAGACAGUCCUCUUCUCCCUGGUAGAUCACUUCAUGGUUAAGUGGGGGAGCUACUUUCCUCUUUUCUUAUCCAAAACAGUUACUCGUUCCAUGCGUGCUGGCCUAUCUGCAAUGGAAGAAACUGUGGCAGAAUCCGUUUGUAAUAGAAGUGGAGUAGGACUGACCGCCGCUGUCGAAACUACUACACGAUUACUUACACCGACAGCGAUCGGCACUGGGGAAGCCCGAGCAAAUACGCAUGGGUUCAAACACCUUGAAAAGGCCUUAAACAUGGUCCGUGACAAAAUUCACAACAAUCAAGACACCAUAAAAUGGUCUCGAUAACCCAUAAACACACCAACAUAUAGUAUUUUAUAUGGGAUCAACCGGACCAUGGUGAUGGUGUUCUCAUGGUUUGAACCCAUUUCAAACACCCAUGUCAAACCUCAUGACCAUAGGGGUAUUAUGGGCUUUUCGUUUGCUCGGGAGGACUUUGUGUAGUUUUUGACGAUUGCUGUUUCAACGCUAGUGUCGCGGUGAUAUCGAUGCCGUUUCGGUUAGGACCUUCCGAUUAACCUUCUCCGGGAGAAAACAAGGCACGAUGCGAAGGAUCGGUGAUGUCAGCCAAACCUGAAAUUAUGUUCAAGGCAGCAGAACCCGCAAUAGGAAUGACAAAACCGGAGCUGACCUCUAUUUUGCCCAAAAAAACCGACCGCGGUUGGCACUGGCAAAAGGCUUCGUAUAGUUUUGCUGGUCUCCUUCUGUUCAUCGAUCAGGGUUUUAUGGCUUGGUGGUUUACACAAGCUCCACAGCGAUGAACUCCUUAUGACCGGGUUGGUUUACAACGGCCCGGAUAGUUCCUUCAUCCAACUGUAUUUGCGUUGGAAAGACUACACUUUCCUCACUUCCAAACCAAUCGAUUUCGUGGACAGUAUACGUGCGAGGGUAGUCUUUGGUAUUCAAGCGAUGGACAAUUAUCGAAGAGGCUGGCUAAGGAACGUCUCGGCAGAGAUGCCAGGUACUUUUUUCAAAUGUCUGCAAUAAUAAUUUUAAAAGUCUGGGAAGUACAAAAAAUGUCAGAAAAGCUAGUGUAACCAAAAGCCUUUAUAUUCAAAAAUCUGCAAAUAUCUGCAACAAAACAUAAAAAUCUGCAAAUAUCUGCAACCAAACUAGAAAAUCUGCAAAUAUCUGCGUCAUCCAAAAAAUCUGCAGCUUAAAUUAAAAGUCUGCGAAUUUGCAGACUUGUCUGCAAAUAUGGCAUCUCUGCGUCUCGGUAUUUUUAUGACCUCUUUUUAUAUACCUAAGAGAAGAGACAACAGGCUUCUUGCUCUUCUUAAUUUUCGCGAAUAGGCCCUGCAGUAAAUCUAAAGACAACAAGCGUUCGUCGUUGCCAGAUUCCUUUUGUAUGCUUUUCGCAAUUGCUGAAAAUAAUUGUACCUCGAAAAUCGCACCUCAACCAACAAUUUACAAUGCAAAAGCUGCAUUUAAAAAUUUAAUUAAUUUUUUAUUCGUGUCUCUCUUAAUAACCAUAUCGUCUUUCAGGACUUUUAUUCAAUUUGCAUGAAAUGUUGAUGUGUAUAAAAAGUAGCCAGAAUAGAUUCAGCAGCACUGUUUUCCAUCCCGUUGAUAAAUAUAAUAAACGCUCAUGAUUGGCAAAACGACCAAUCAGAAGCUGGUUCAAUAUUGAGGUUAGGAUUGGAUCAAAUUGGCUACGCGAUUGUCUUCUCUUCUCUUAGUUAUAUACCGGGCCUUGAGAUCGUUGGACAAUUUUGACAGAUCGCAGCUUCUUCACACUCUUCUUUGCUGUAUUGUUCGUCAGAGCAGGUUAAGCAGCGUUUUGGACAGGAACAUCGAACACAUGCAUGGCCGUAAUUGAAACAGUCAUAGUAGAGUUUCGGAAUCGGAAAAUAUGGACGAGAAAAGUGCUCAGGGUACGUGGUUUUACAGAAGGUCAAAAUGAGCGCUGGAGUAUUUAUUCUCUCUCCGGCUUCAAUUCGUGUGAUUCGCUGUACACGAAUUACUCUCUGGCUUCGAAUUUCGGUAAGAACAUGAUUCUCUUCCGUAAGCAUCAAAUCGUAGCAGGAAAUUACGCUUCUGCUUACGUUCAUAUUCGGAUGGGCUUCAACCACAACUUCAAUGCUGUCAUUGAAGCUAGGUCAAUCUCAGCAACUUGGCCACUUGCACAGGAUCCCGAACUCUAUCCCUUCCCGUAUCCCUUCGGCUGCACCCGUUACCAACCCUAUAUGAACGAAAAUGUAAAAACGAAAGUUUAUUCAACGCUUCAACGUCAACAAUUUGCGCACGUUCCCAAACUUUUAAGGCGCACUGUAGGUGAGCAGUAUUAAAGCCGCUUGCUCUGCUGCUUCAACGUUGUCCUUAACGACUCCAACGUGCUUUUUUACUGUUCACACAAUUUUGAUACGCGUUGUGAUGUCCCACUUUUGGUGCGUUACCUUCAAUACCUUCAAAUAACAAGUCAGAAAUAUUUUAAUAUUUUUCUAAAUCUUUCCGUAUCUUUUACGGUUUAGCCCACUGUCAUACUCGCAGCCGGCAAUCACAACGUGUGAAUGAAAUGUACCUCUUGGUACUACAUAAAAAAUAUUGUUUAUUUUCGAUUCUCUAUGCUCGAUAACACAAGAAAUAAGACAUCCACAGAGAAAAUGUUUUAUGACGUAGUGUUCGACUGGCGCUCCGCCUAACUAUGAAUAUAGGAACUAUAAGCCACAGAGGUUGCUGUUUAUUGUACUUAUAGUACCGCGUACGAAAAUCUAAAAUCCACUUAUUUCAUCCGUUUCUUCACCGAUUUCCACCAAAUUUCCAAUGUUAGCCACUGUAGAACUAUUUCACUCAUCUAUACGAGCUAGUGUGGACCUCAUCGAUUGCGAAAAACACCGAAACACCGAAAGCACCGUGUAAAGAUCAAACAUGCGUGUUGUUUGUACCACUGCACCGUACGGAACAGUGUUUCCAACUGAGAUGAACAACGAGAGGCAUUUAUUUGCAGACUGGAACUAAUGAACAAAAGACUCCUAUCAAAUACUUUACGCUGAUGUAACAAAUUAACUCUAAUGCUCAUUUUUGACGGCUCGUUUGUACUGUUUACAUGGACUUAGAAAAAUACUUUGCAGUUUACUUCGAGCGAAUCUAGUUGUCCACAGCGCUUUUCUAAGUCCAUGUUACCAGUACUAGUGAACUGUCAAGAAACGUGAGGUUAACUUUGUCAGUAAAGAAACUUAUUGAAUACUUUACGGUGACGUCACAAAUGAACUGAGUGUUCAUUUUUGACAGUUCGCUUGUACUGUUUACAUGGACUUAGAAAAAUUCUUUACGAUUUGCUUCGAGCGAAUCAAGUCAUCCACAAAUUUUUCUAAGUCCAUGUAAACAGUACAAUCGAACUGUCAAGAAAAGUGAGGUUAACUGUUUCAGUAAAGAACCUAAUUGUACAUCAUCGUGUACUCCCAUCAGUUCGCCAGUAGUUUUGGGGUAUUAAUAAGAUGGAGAGUUGAGCUUAUAUUCGUUAUUUUGGGAAAUACUAAAUGAUUAAAUAGAAAAUGAGAAAAAAAACACGGGAAAGGUCCAUUUCAGAGGCGACGCGUGGUUCCACCGUCAACCUGUUCAAUAUACCACCAAGACCCUUAAAACGUCACAAUCGUCUCUAUGAGACGUUUCUGUUCAGCUGAUUCUUUCGUCGUCGAUUUGAUCCAACAUCUAACGAAUAGGACCAAUGAAAAAUGUUCGAGGACAUAAAAUUUCGCUGGAGCUGACCAAAACAAAUUUGUUGUCAAAUCCCAAAAUCCCACCAGUGAAUUGUCCAACAAACUUCUUGUAGAAUGCUUAAUUUACCGUGGAAACAGAAAUAAAAAUAGAUAGCAUAUCCGAGAAAGUUGCCACUUAAUUAGAAUUGAAAAAGAUUUCUUAACAGAAACAUAAGCAAUACAACCAUGUAUAACCUUCCGACAGUCGCGCUAGUGCACUGAGUGCACGCUGGUCUGAAAAUCUAGCGAAAUCGUCUUAGAGCAGCUGCGGCUGCUCUUCAGUGAGCUGUUUACGCGACUUCCAGAGGGAUAAAGAGAUUAAAACUUAUAUAUCGUUAUAUGAUUUGAAUUAGCUUGCAAUGUAGAAUCUUAUUUUCUAUACACCGAGAAUUAUUCGUCCUUCUGUUUAAGAUAGAUUGAAACAUUUGUCAACCAGUUUAAGAAAAUACCUUAAUUCCUUCAAAUUUGAUAGAAAUUUGAAUGUUGUAUUUUCCUCGUAAAUUACAGUAGCAAACAGGCAUUUAACAUCCACGCGUUCAUGAUUAGAACAACCCCUGAUUUGAGUUUGUCUGUUUUACACAUUCUGUAGAUAUAUUUUUAGCAUGUGAAUGCAAAGAUCAAGCGAUUUCUUUGGCGCAAAAGUGGACGGUUCAUUAUUAUAAUUGAACCAACAUACGCGCUUGUAACUAGUAUGUCCCAGGGGCAGAAACAUCUUGUUAGAAUUUUCUUGUCUCCUAAGAAAAAAAAGCAUUCGAUCAACAGCUAUGACCGUACGGCGCAAGGUGGUCGAAAAUUAUAAAGCGCUCUCGUUUUGCACACAGCACCAACGCCCAUAUGUACAUCGCAGCAAUGCACGCUGGUUCAAUAUUUGAUUUGAACCGGUGCAAAAGAGAAUAGAAAGAGCCUCGCCCAUGACAUUAAUGCUGCUAUUCCAGCCGUCGCUCAUGCAACUGCUCCCUCUAGAGCAUGCGGUGAGAGUACGAGAUGCGUGCAUGUUUCUGGUUGGACCGGUCAUAGGAAAGCACUGCUGGAGACGCUAGGUUGAUUUAUCGUUCAGAUCAAAUUAUCGAACAUCAAGGUUCGGAGAUUAUUACUUUCAUUAAAAAUAGUUUACUUGCUAAUGCUUUAAUGUUAACGCAAAAUUGGUUUUGGGUCGUCUGAUUGUUCCUACCUGUUCAGUGAACAGGUUGAACGUACCGACGCGUCGCCUCUGGUCCAUUUAAGUAGGCACCCAGUUUGUGUAACUUUGCCCUGAACGCUUUCCACCAUUGAUUCGUAACAUGUAAAUAUAUACUUCUUUUGAAAACUCUAUCUCUCUCUAGUUGCAAUGGCGAUAAGAUCUGUACUUUCAUACUUAGAAUAGAAAAAAUUACACACCAAUCCAUCCAUAAAUUUAGUUGCAAAUUUUAAACACUAAAAACGUUCACUGUUUUGCCUAGUUUUAAACGAUAUCAUGUUUCACUGAACAAUUGAAAAUAUCUAUCCUGGUUUAAAUUAUACAUUCGAAAAAAAAACAAUAAAAAAAAUAACUGUGAAUAUAAACCACCCGUGAUGAAUAUCCUUAACCGUAAUAUUUCCGUACUUUGUUCGUGUGAAAUUUGUUUAUAGUGUUUUCAUUGAUAAGUAAAAGGAAAAAGAUAUCAAAGUGAUAAUUUGUUUAAAACGCAAGUCAUUUUCAACCGUGCACUCAACUGGCCGGAAUAUGUGCAAUUAAACAAAAGAAAAAUCGUAAGAUCUGUAUAAAAAAAUGUAUGGUAAAGAAGGAAAAAUGAAUGAAAAACUUGUGAAGUGAAUGGUAUCGGCCAUCUAUCUGUGCAAUAACUAUUAAUAGGGUCAACACGAUCAACACUAUUCAGUUUCCGUCGUGAGAGUGAAAGAAUUACAAAUGUUUUAAGUUCAAGAGACGUUCUUAUUAUGACAAACAUGAGCGAGACAUGGGUUUUUUAAUGCACGUUAAACACAAACUAGUUGAACGGUGUUUCAUAAGCAUUAUCACGGCAUUUCUGGGAUCAGGUGACGGCCCAACUCGAAUAAACUUCAAAUACUGAGCUCAAAUACCUACGUGUAUCAAAUGUUCUCAGAUCGCAGCCUACGUGUCGAAGAGGUUAUGUUUGUUUGCCGCUUAACAAUGAAGUCACUCAAAUCACACUUUUAUGCUUUUAGCUGCUAAAUACUGUCCGUAUGUCAAAUAUUAUUGUGAUUCAAAUAUUACGAUUCCGUCUUCUGGUGUGUAUAUUUUUUUCGAAUCAUAAUGACGAUGAUUGGAGUGAGCGUGACGAUUAAAAGGACAACGCAAUGCUUCAUAAACCCUACACAAAAUCGUUUGCCUUUGAAACGUCUUCAAAAAAUCCGUAAAAAUCGAAAUAUCUUUGUGAACACAAACAAGAAUAGUAAUACUUAGUCCAAAGAAGUAAAAAGACAGAAUUCUACCAAGGUAAUAAUUCGUAAGCUCGACAACACAAAAUUGAAAUGUUUGUAACUAGGAACAAUACUUGUAUGAAGCAAGGACAGAAAAAGCUCUCACAAAUAAAUAAGAAAAAGAAUACUGUUGAAUGUUGAUUACAAUCCAAAAAUAAACAGAAUUACACAUUAUAAGAGUUAUUAACAAAUUGGAUAGAGCAGUUUGAAUCUUACGGAAGACGGUGCAGACGGAUUCUCCCUGCAGUAAAGCGAAAACAGCGAGUUUCAUUACAAAAUUACAAUGGGUAAAAUUAAGAACAAAUUUUACACACAAGAAAAAGUUCAUUAGCAAAGACUUAAGACCAAUGAAAUAUUAAAACAUUAGAAUCGAACUGUUGUUAAAAUAAAUUCUUGACAAAAAAAAACCAAAAAUGUAGCGUAAAUAUAGAGAACAAAAACAAAAUGGUUGCUACGUUUGUGAGAGCAAUUAUGAAAAAAUAAAAAUACUAGAAUGUACUUGUUGUAGGCAACAAGCACACAGAAAAAAAAAAAUAGCUGUACUAGGUCGAAUGAUGUCUGACAAACUGACUCCUACACUUUGAGACCAACAACAGGAACGGAAAAUAAUUGCCAAAACAACAAACAGCAGCUCAGACCGAUCAACCAGUGGACACUAAUUAAACCAUACUCAGAUCGUGGAAUAGACGCCAUUAGCGGACAGAACAUCACGAAAUCGUAAAAACUCAAAUUCUCAAUUCCGAAUUUCCGUUAAACUAAGGCAUAUUGCGAAUUGCCGAAAAGCGUAAUAAGUUCAGCCUAUGUGAGGAGCGCAGCAAGCGUUGUAAAGCGAUGAGCAGUGGUGGAAGAAAUUUUGCAACCUAUUAAUCCCAGUUUGAUGAAUUACUUGGCGAAAAAGUAAGAAUUAUUAAGCAAACAAAAUAUUAUAUGAUAAAUGAUUACUACUGAUUAAAACAAUUAUAAUUUUUAAGUAGAAAAAUAAAAAAUACAAAAUUCCAAAAAAAUUGAA